AUGUCCUGCUCUAUGUCCUGCUCUAUGUCCUGCUCUAUGGUGCUCUAUGUCCUGCUCUAUGUCCUACUCUAUGACCUGCUCUAUGACCUGCUCUAUGUCCUGCUCUAUGUCCUGCUCUAUGUCCUGCUCUAUGACCUGCUCUAUGACCUGCUCUAUGUCCUGCUCUAUGACCUGCUCUAUGUCCUGCUCUAUGUCCUGCUCUAUGACCUGCUCUAUGUCCUGCUCUACGACCUGCUCUAUGACGCUCUAUGA